AUGUUCGCGAGACAUUUUAACCAUUACUGCAGGUCCGACUACAUCGAAGAAGAGGCAUCUCUCUCUGGCGAUGAUGUAGGAAGCGAUGACGAUGAGGACGAAGGACCAGACGAAUACGAAGAAGAAGAAGGGGACAAAGAAGACUUACCAGAUGCAGAAACAAUUAGAGAGCAAUUACAUAAGCAGUGGCUGAAACAGCAACAGGAUGAAGAGCAUCGUAGACUGCUCUACUGGAAGGACCAACUGCUUGCAGAUGGUGACUUGCACAGCGAAACAAAUCGAACAUUUCGUCUUAAACUACGCGAUGAAGAGGACCUGAAUGAAAUAGAUGUUAAUGAUGACGAAGGACAAGAAGAUGAGGCUGAAGAUGAUGAAGCUCGGAAAAAGCGCCUUGAAAUGGUCAAAUGGAAGAUUGAAAACAAAGUAACUUUUUCGGGCUCUGAGAGUCGUAGCGGUUCUCAAUCUUUCGGAAGUGGCAUUUCUAAAAAUUCUUUACUUGCGCAUCGAAGUUCUCUUUCCUUAAUUGUCAAUCAAGUUGAAUCUACUUCGGCCAGCUUGAAAAAGGGUCUAUUUGUUAACAAAACAAAAGAGGUUCUUUUAGCUUUCGCAACGUCUUUCCUCUAA